GUCGCAGAAUAUGAACUUAUAAAGAGAGUAUUUUUAGUGUUACUGAAUAAAUAUUUUUCUAGUUAUUUGUAGUUUUCUCCCUACCAUCUCUCAAAAAUAUAUUGUCUGGCAACAUUAUUUGCGCACUAAAUUAAAAUGUCAAAAUAAAAUAAUAUUCCUUCUCCUUCCUUCUUUUUGAUGAUAUUUUCGAUUUAUAAUAAUUGGGAAACGCUAUUAAAAACACUACAAAAAUAAACGCGAACAACUAAUAAUAUGAAACUAUCAGGUGCCUAUAAAUAAUCAGUUUCUAAACAAGUGAAAUAAAGAUGUUAUCGAAAUCAAAACACAAAGUGGGCAGGUGCAGGUGUACAAAAAUGUGAAAUCAUGACUAAAAAAAGUAUUUUAACAAGAAUUGAAAUAAAACUAGCAGCUAUGUCACGAAGAUCAAUAUUUUUUCUUGCUGCGGCGGUGGUCAUGUUGUAUUUUUCAAUAAUACUGUUUAUGUUGGGUCCUUUACAUGGUUCGAGGGGCGGUUACUAUGCGGGCGGAUAUAUGAAUAAUUUUGCUUUUCGCCACGAUCCUCCUGUGAACUGGUGUAGUGAGCUAACAUGGCAGUCCCCGCCGUCCCCAGACGUAGUCGCGCUGGUGUCUUACCCAGGCAGUGGUAACACAUGGCUCAGAUAUUUGCUGCAACAAGUUACUGGUGUGGUAACAGGCUCAAUAUACAUGGAUUAUGGACUAAGAGUGCAUGGUUUUCCUGCGGAAAAUGUUACCGAUGGUUCUGUCCUGGUUGUUAAAACUCAUGCGGUCCCAAUGGAUUCCGAUAAGUUCAAAUCCGCAAUACUGUUGAUACGAAACCCCCGAGAUGCCAUUUUGGCUGACUUCCACAGACUGCAUAGAGGGCACAUAGGAACUGCACCGAAAUCAGCUUUCAAAAAGAAAUCACAUGAAAAUAAAAAAUCAGACUGGUCAACAUACGUAUCAACGCAACUGACGGCUUGGGAGACACUGCAUCAGAUGUGGCUGACGAGAUUCCCGGGGCCACUGCACAUUGUCUUCUAUGAAGUCCUGGUACGCGACACUAGGAACACACUGCAAGGCAUACUCGAUUUCUUGAAUUAUAAUGUCACUGAGGCAAACAUGAACUGCGCGAUGGCUAACAAAGAAGGAGUAUACAGACGUAAGAAGAAGCAUCAAGACUUUGAACCAUUUACAGCUGACAUGUACAAAGCUUUGGAUCAGGUGAGAAACAGAGUUCUCAGUAUGGUGAUGGAUUAUAAGAGAAAACACGACAAUUCACAUGUAAGAAAAACAUAGGGUAGAAUGUCUAAGUAGAAUAAUAACUCUAUGAUGUUAAGAAAUGGAUACAGAAGACUUUUUAUUUGUUUUUUAUUUAUUUAUUGAAUGGCGGAUCAACGGCUACAUUACAUAGAUUUAGCAGAAAAAUAGUAGUAACAUUGAGCCACUUACAACAAUAUAUAGCUCUUAAAAUGCUGCAAUUAUCGUGGUCCUAAAAUAAUUUCUUUUGUGAGUGAAAAUAAGCAACACCCGGUACAUUACAUACACACAUAUUUACAAAUGUAAUUUAAUUUAAUUUAUGAUGAUAAAAACCUAUUUACAAUUUUUUUGUGUUGCAACAAAGCUGCGUUGUAUAAGGUCUAACAAAAAUAGUGCACAAUAUUUUAACAGGUGAUAUAGUACAUGAUAAGGAUUAUGU